UAUCUGUGUUCCUCUGCAAAGUGUGUCGCUGAUCUAUAUCACUCACAAUCAAGGGCGUGGAAAUUGAUAAAUGCGAAGAACGCAAGAAGGUCGUUAAUCGUACUUACGCUUUUCUGCAGAUCAUAAGGAUCAUAAGGGUGUUUCCAAUUGUCAAGCGACAGUAAGAAUACGAGAAAUCGAGUUAGAAAUGUCUAACACGAAGAUUGCUGUGGUUACUGGUGGAAAUAAAGGCAUUGGCUAUGCCAUUGUGAAAGGACUGUGUGAAAAAUUUGAUGGAAUUGUCUACUUGACUGCAAGAGAUGUUGGACGGGGUGAAGCAGCUGUCUCAGAAUUACAGAAGUUGGGUCUAAAGCCGAAGUUUCAUCAGUUUGAUAUCACUGAUCAAAAGAGUUUGGAAACAUUCCGUGAUUUCAUUAAAAAUGAACAUGGUGGAAUUGAUGUUUUGGUCAAUAAUGCUGCUAUAGCAUACAAAUCUGCAGCUACUGAGCCUUUUGGAGUUCAGGCUGAAAACACUUUGCAUGUGAACUUCUUCAGCUUGUUGAAUACCUGCCAUAUGCUGUUUCCACUUCUGCGACCCCACGCCCGUGUGGUCAAUCUGUCAAGUUGUGAAGGUCACCUAAAGAAGAUUCCAGGAGAGCUACUUAGAGAGAAGUUGUCAAGUUCAACUCUUACUGAAGAAGAGUUGACUGAUCUCAUGAAACAAUUUAUCGUGGCUGCAAAAUUAGGAAACCAUCGAGCUGAGGGCUGGCCUAAUUCAACAUACCAAGUGUCAAAAGUAGGAGUUAGUGCCUUAACCUUUAUACAGCAACGUGCAUUCGAUGCUGAUCCUCGGGAGGACCUCAUAGUGAAUGCUGUUCAUCCUGGGUACGUGGAUACUGAUAUGACAAGUCACACAGGACCAUUGACUAUUGAACAAGGAGCAGAAGCACCACUCUAUUUGGCACUCCUUCCAUCAGGUGUGAAGUCACCACGUGGCUGCUAUGUUUGGCACAACAAGGCCAUUGUGGACUGGGUCAGUGGCCCUACCCCAUCACGGUAUUAGAACAUCACUACACAAGAGAUUGUGAACUACAGUUUGUUUGGUUUCUGUAGAGUUUGAAGGAUGAAUUGGGGUGGGAACCAUUUCAUCACUGUGGAUGGAUGCCUGUGUCUUACUCUCAUGAGUUUCUUGAUAAAAAUGAUAAGGUAUAAAUAAACAACCAUAAAAUAACAUGUGACUAUAAUAAAUUAUAACUCUGUUCACAUCUCAUGCUUCUUAAAGUACAUAGUUAGCAGGGAUAGAGAAUGGAAUGAACAAGAAUCCUGCAUCCUGAAGUGAACACAGAUUGAAAGGGUUAUAUAUAAUAAAUUGUAUGAACAUGUA